AUGAAGUUCACCGUGCCAAAAAACACACUGGAUCCCGUCAAGUUGUCCCAGACCUUGCAAGAUGCGAUCACCGAGGAAGCCGAUACGGUCGUGCGCGAAACCGUUGCUGCGAGCAAGUUUUUCGUCUCCAAUUUGGCAUCCAAGCUCGACCCCACGCACUGGAAACUCGUUCGUACAAAAGACGGUGUGCAAGUGUUUCGCCAACGACAAAAAGCCAUUGACCACCAGGCUCCCGAUGUCUUCAGCUCGCCUUUGAUCCAAAGCUCAUUGGGGUCGCACCGUCACGCCAUGUCACGGUAUUGUUCAAGGGACAGCAAAAGCAGCUCGACGCAAGACCUUUCGGGUUCACAAGCAUUUACUUUUACGCCAUCUGGUAUUGCGGAAGACAGUGUCAUGGAAAAGAUGAGACCACCGGAAAUUGCUCUGAUGGCCCUCCAAGGCACCAUUGAUGGGUCACUGGACGACUGCAUGUUUGGGGUCAUUACUGCGAACGAUGCAGAGUGGAGGCUGCGGAGCUCCCACAUUAACGAACGGUUUAAUAAUACCUGGGUCCUUGCAACCAUCAAGGAACCGACCAUUCAAAACCCGUGCCAAUUUCUUGGCGUCAAAUGGUUCACGAAGAAACUCCCUGCUGUCCUUUCGGGUGUCAUGCAGGAACGAGAUUUUCUCGUUAUCGAAUCCGUUGGCUUCACGCGCGACUCGGGAGGCGAGCGAGUUGGCUAUAUCAUUCUCCACUCGGUGACACUACGAGAUAUCCCGGAAUUCACCCAUUUAGGCAUGGUUCGUGGUAGCAUGAGCUUCUGCCACAUCUUCCGUCAAAGUGGACCUGGAAAAGUAGACAUUUUCAGCCGAGGCUUCUUUGACUCUCGUGGUGACAUGCCGGGUCGUCUAUCGGUUGCAAUUGCCGCAGAGGCGGCCAUUUGCUGUACUAAUUUGGUGGAGCUUGCUUACAUGAAGAAGCUCCGGUGGCUUAUGAGCAAAUUAGGCAAACAGAACCAGCGUCAAGGAGAGAGUCGACCCUGUCGGUGUGAAGCAUGCGGAAACAGUUUUUCCAAGUUGUUGCUGAGUUCAACUGGAUCGGGUGUGAACUGUCAGAUAUGCUACAAUGUUGUCUGUGCCAAGUGUACUGUGGCCAAGAAGAUCAUCAUGGACGUCUUAGUCUCUGGUGCAGUCGAAGAGGGAACGUUCCACUUCUGUCUCAAGUGCUUCAUGACCGCAAAACAACGGUCUGGCUGGGAUAUGGUAACGAGUGACUUAACGCAUCUGUCGAAGCAUCCGACUCAAUCAGCUUCGACCUCAGUCUUGGAAACCUCGAGCACCUCAGAAAGCGUUGCACACGCGUAA